AUGUAUCCGCGAUUUCUAGGCCGUAACUAUCCACUGGCAAAGCAUUUGUUCUUUGUCACAAGAUACUCUUUUGGCCUGCUGGGCCUGAGAUUUGCCAAAGAGCAAUCGUGGCUUCACCUCUCAUGGUUGGUGUUCAAUUUCGUGAACCUGGCGCACUGCUGCCAGGCGGAAUUCGUCUUCGGCUGGACUCACUUGCGCACCAGUCCCGUGGACGCCAUGGAUGCCUUCUGUCCGCUGGCCUGCAGUUUCACCACGCUCUUCAAGCUGGGAUGGAUGUGGUGGCGUCGCCAGGAAGUAGCUGAUCUGAUGGACCGCAUCCGCUUGCUCAUCGGGGAGCAGGAAAAGAAAGAGGAUUCCCGGAGAAAAGGGGCUCAACGGAGUUACUAUCUUAUGGUCACCAGGUGCGGGAUGUUGGUCUUCACCCUAGGCAGCAUUACCACUGGAGCCUUCGUCCUGCGAUCGCUUUGGGAAAUGUGGGUGCGGCGGUAUCAGGAGUUCAAAUUCGAUAUGCCUUUUCGCAUGCUGUUCCACGACUUUGCCCAUCGCAUGCCCUGGUUUCCAGUUUUCUACCUCUACUCCACUUGGAGUGGUCAGGUCACUGUAUACGCCUUCGUUGGAACAGAUGGUUUUUUCUUUGGCUUUACCCUCUACAUGGCCUUCUUGCUUCGGGCCUUAAGAUACGAUAUUCAGGAUGCCCUCAAGCCUAUAAGCGAUCCCUCGGUGAGGGAAUCCAAUAUCUGCUGUCAGCGAUUGGAGGACAUCGUGGAUCGCCAUAAUAAAAUGGAGAAGAUUGUCGAGGAAUUUUCCGGAAUCAUGGCUGCUCCCACUUUCGUUCACUUUGUAUCAGCCAGCCUAGUAAUAGCCACCAGCGUCAUUGAUAUUCUAUUGUAUUCCGGCUAUAACAUCAUCCGCUACGUGGUGUACACCUUCACGGUUUCCUCGGCGAUAUUUCUCUAUUGCUAUGGAGGCACAGAAAUGUCAACUGAGAGCCUUUCCUUGGGAGAAGCUGCCUACAGUAGUGCCUGGUAUACUUGGGAUCGGGAGACCCGCAGGAGGGUAUACCUCAUUAUCCUGCGAGCUCAACGACCCAUGACAGUAAGGGUGCCUUUUUUUGCACCUUCGUUACCAGUCUUCACAUCGGUCAUCAAGUUUACAGGUUCCAUUGUGGCUCUGGCUAAGACUAUAUUGUGA